AAACAGCCGUUCUGUUGGUGGCAGGAGAAGAAGCUGGGAAGACUGCUAACUGAAAUAGCCAAUCGUAGUAGAGCCUUUCUAGCCAAUCAGAGGCGAGGAAGGUGGUAUCUUCCUUAGACGAUUCGAACGCACUCGUCCAGGCCUGCAUUUAUUCGCCGACGUCAUCAAUGUCCCGCCUUCUCUUGAAUUCCACAGCGAUGCUCUCUUCCCAUUGGUCCAGCUCACUGGGGUGCAGAGAACAACAAACAAGGGGAAGAUCGUCGGGAUGGAUGCAGCUACUUUGACGUACGACACACUUCGUUUUGGAGAGUUUGAAGAUUUUCCGGAGACGCCGGAGCCGGUGUGGAUCUUGGGGAAAGAGUACAGUGCACUGACAGAGAAAGAUGAGAUCCUGUCAGAUGUCACCACACGACUGUGGUUCACAUACAGAAAAAACUUCCCUCCCAUUGGAGGCACUGGACCAACGUCGGACACGGGAUGGGGGUGCAUGCUACGAUGUGGACAGAUGAUCCUGGGAGAGGCCUUGGUGUGCAGACAUUUAGGCAGAGACUGGAGAUGGGCCAAAGGCCGGAAACAAAGAGAAGAGUACGUAAGCAUUCUCAACGCCUUCAUUGACAAAAAAGACAGUUAUUAUUCCAUCCAUCAAAUCGCCCAAAUGGGAGUUGGCGAGGGCAAGCCUAUCGGACAGUGGUAUGGACCAAACACAGUCGCCCAGGUUCUCAAGAAGCUGGCAGUGUUUGAUACGUGGAGCAGAUUAGUCGUACACGUGGCAAUGGACAACACUGUGAUCAUCGAGGAGAUCAAGCGUCUUUGCAUGCCCUGGCUAGACCUAGCAGGGCCAUGUGAUCAACCAGCGGGAGCCGAGGAGCUGAAUGGCUGCCUGGAAGGAGCCUGCGCCCUGGCUGAGGAGGAGACAGCUCUCUGGAAACCGCUGGUCCUGCUCAUCCCCCUCAGGCUGGGCCUGAGUGAUAUUAACGAGGCCUACAUCGACACCCUGAAGCAAUGCUUCAUGCUGCCUCAGUCCUUGGGUGUGAUCGGAGGAAAACCCAACAGUGCCCAUUACUUCAUCGGUUACGUCGGAGAGGAGCUGAUCUAUUUAGACCCACACACCACGCAGCCUGCUGUGGAGCCGUGUGAAGACGGUCAGGUUCCAGAUGAGACGUACCAUUGUCAGCACCCACCCUGCCGCAUGCACAUAUGUGAACUGGACCCGUCCAUAGCAGUGGGUUUCUUCUGCAGAACAGAGGACGAGUUCGAUGACUGGUGCAUGCGUAUAAGGAGGCUGACCUGCAAGAGAGGGGGCUUGCCCAUGUUUGAACUAGUAGACAGCCAACCUGCCCACAUGGUCAGCAUUGAUGCACUUAACCUUACUCCUGAUUUCUCAGACUCUGACAGACUGGAGCGGUUCUUUGAUUCUGAAGAUGAGGAGUUUGAGAUCCUGUCUCUGUGAGGAGCACGGCGAACUGUGACUUCCUGUUCUCUACAGUAGGCAGAGGCUUCUCUGAGGGGGUGAACAUUAAUUUGAGACCUCUUGAGCCAGUCCAGUUCCAGUGGGGCAGUACUCCGCCUCUGAACGCUGUUUGCAUCCAACAUGGAGGAGACUGCCCGGUGGACGCUGUAGCCGGAGCCGCUCUGUAUGCACAUCGUCACAUACUUGUUUAUCCGUCCGAGUCUUAACUUUAAAUGUUUAUGCUGAAGUGAUACGGUGCCUUUCCCUGACUCCAUAGUAAAAUUGCCAUAAUGGUUUUAUGUUGACUAGACCUACAGUGGCUCGUGAUGCCGACAGCUUGUGCAGUCUGUCACUAAUCGCUCAUCUCUAACAGCUUGUAAUGGAACCAAAUCAAGUCAAACCUGAAGGCAAGUUGUAAUAAACUCUGACGCAAACGGAUCCUCGCCAAGUUAAAAACAUGUACGUUAGUUUAAAAUAAUUUAUUUAAUCAAAACAUCCUAUCGGCAAGUUAAGGACUGCAAAUAAAAACCUGAUCUUUUA